GAGAGAGAGAGGUCAUUUUGACUUAUUAAACCAAAACAAUUCCUCUUUUAAAAUCACAAUUUCCAACUUUGCUUUCGGCAGUUUCUUUGAUUGUGAAAGAGGAAGAAGCCACUCACGUCACAUUGGAUGGAGAAGCUUGCUCACUUAUCUCCUCUUUAAAAUCACAGUUUCCAAUUCCCGGCCCCAUGCUUAAAAGACCUCUCUCUCUCUCUCUCUCCCUCAAAGGACGACGGAAGAAGGACUAAAGGAAAAAAGCCCGCAGUGUUACGGCAGCAUUCAGUGGUGAUAGCAGAAUUCUCAUCGGCUGAGUAUCCUUGUCUGAUUGUUGGCACAAGAGCUGUUGGUAAGCUCAUUCUCAGAAACAGAGAUGUCUACUAAUGGGGAUUCCUACCCCUGGCCUCCUCCACCACCCAACAACAAUGCAGGCACAAGAGCUGCUGGCAUAAUAGUGACUAUUGUAGUACUCAUAAUAAUCUGCGUCAUCUCAUGCGCUUGUGCGAGGAAAUUGAGAAGGGCAAUUGUGUCAGAGCUGCAACAUGCCGUUGCUACAGUACCACAUGCCGUUGCAACAAUACCGCCGACCUCGUAUGCGGUUCAACUUUGGGAAAUCGAUGCACCCACAAUGGAGCGGUUCCUCCGAGACCUGGCCAAGGAAAAGCCCGUAAGAUUCACAGCCCAACAGUUAUGUAACUUCACGACUAACUACUCUACGGUGUUGGGUUCAGGAGGCUUUGGAGUAGUUUACAAAGGACAAUUUCCAAAUGGAGUCAAGAUUGCCGUAAAGGUUCUCAAAAGGAGCUUGCAUGAUAAAAGAGCCGAGGAGCAGUUCAUGGCAGAGGUGAGCACUAUAGGAAGGACUUAUCAUAUAAACCUAGUGAGGCUAUACGGUUUUUCCUAUGAUCAUUUAAUGAGCGCGUUAGUAUACGAGUACAUGGAAAAUGGAUCGCUGGAUAAAUACUUGUUCAGCGAUGAUACACAAAGAAUUGACUGGAAUAAGCUACCUGAAAUUGCGAUUGGAACGGCAAAAGGCAUAGCUUACUUGCAUGAAGAGUGUGAGCAGAGAAUCAUUCACUAUGACAUAAAGCCCGGGAAUGUGCUAUUGGAUGUGAAUUUUAACCCUAAGGUUGCAGAUUUUGGCCUUGCAAAGCUUUGCAAUAGAGACAGCACCCAUGACUCUCCCACAGGAUAUAAAGGGACCCCUGGUUAUUCGGCUCCUGAGUUUCUUCUCAAUAACUAUCCUAUCACUUACAAAUGCGAUGUUUAUAGCUUUGGCAUGCUUUUGUUUGAGAUAGUAGGGAGGAGGAGGAAUGCUAAAGUGGGGUUCACUGAUAGCCUUGAUUGGUUCCCGAAACAUGUUUGGGAUGAGUAUGAAAAAGGUGAGUUGGCAACACUAACACUUUCGUAUGGAAUAGAAGAGAUGGAUAGAGAGAGAGCACAAAGAAUGGCUAUGGUGGCAUUGUGGUGUGUUCAGGAUUCACCAGAGGCCAGGCCGCCAAUGAGUGUUGUGGUGAAAAUGUUGGAAGGAGUAGUGGAGAUCAUGCCACCCCCAAAACCAUUCCAUUAUUUGUAUUCUGUGGGGAUUAAUGUGCUCAAUCCACCUACUUAUAUCGGUGACAGCUCAGACUACUCAACUAGCGAUGGAACGAAUUCGUAUUGGUACAAGGAGCAAACAACAACAAUCAUGGCUAAGUACGAGAUACAAAUUGCCAGUUCAUAGUAAGAAACGGGAAACCAUAUAUAGUACCCUAAGAUACAAAUUGCCAGUUCAUACAAAUUGUCUCUUCAUAAGAAAUGGGAAACCAUUGUAGUUUGUUCCGUAAGGAAAACUGCGAUAUCAUCGUUUAUUCUUAAGAAACGGAAACCAUUGUAGUUUGCUGUUGUUUGUACCCUAAUAAAAAAUCCUUCGAUCGUA